CCUGAGAAAGUGCUGAUGGCGGGCUCGGCGGCGUCGUUGAAGUUCACGGUGCGGAGGAAGGCGGCGGAACUGGUGGCGCCGGCGGGGCCUACGCCGCGCGAACUGAAGCGGCUCUCCGACAUCGACGACCAGGACGGUCUGCGGUUCCACAUCCCCGUCAUCCAGUUCUACCGCCGCAACGCGUUCAUGAGCGGCAGGGACCCCGCGGCGGUGGUCCGGGACGCCGUGGCCAGGGCGCUCGUGCACUACUACCCGUUCGCCGGCCGGCUUAGGGAGCUCGAGGGCCGCAAGCUCGCCGUCGACUGCACCGGCGAGGGCGUGCUAUUCAUCGAGGCCGACGCGGACGUCCGCCUCGAGCACUUCGGCGACGCCCUGCAGCCGCCCUUCCCGGGGCUCGAGGAGCUCGUCUUCGACGUCCCCGGCUCGUCCGAGGUCCUGGGCACGCCACUCCUCCUCUUCCAGGUGACACGGCUGUCGUGCGGAGGCUUCAUCCUGGCGGUGCGGCUGAUGCACACCAUGUCAGACGCGCAGGGGCUGGUGCAAUUUCUGGCCGCCGUCGCGGAGCUGGCGCGGGGCGCCAGCCGCGCCACGGUGCCGUCCGUGCUCCCGGUGUGGAGGCGAGAGCUGCUGGAGGCGCGAAACCCGCCGCGCCCUGGCUUCGCUCACCGGGAGUACGACGAGGUGCCGGACACCAAUGGGACCAUCAUUCCGCUCGACGACAUGGCGCACCGCUCUUUCUUCUUCGGGGCCAAGGAGGUCGCCGCCAUCCGGUCCCACCUGGCGCCGGGCCUCCGGAAGCGCGCCACCACUUUCGAAGUCCUCACGGGCUGCCUGUGGAAGUGCCGCACCGUGUCGCUCGCCCCCGACGCCGACGAGGAGAUGCGGAUGAUCUGCAUCGUCAACGCCCGCGGCGGCAAGGGCAAGCAGAGCGCCAUCCCGAGCGGCUACUACGGCAACGCGUUCGCCUUCCCGGUGGCCGUGUCGGCCGCGGGCGAGCUGUGCGCGAGGCCCCUGAGCUACGCCGUGCGGCUGGUGAAGGAGGCCAAGGGGGAGGUGGACGGCGAGUACAUGCGGUCGGUGGCGGACCUGAUGGUGCAGCGCGGGCGGCCGCACUUCACGGUGGUGCGCGCGUACCUGGCGUCGGACGUCACCAAGGCCGGCUUCGGCGACCUGGAUUUCGGGUGGGGCAGGCCCGUGUACGGCGGUCCGGCCAAGGGCGGCGUGGGCGCCAUCCCCGGCGUGGCCAGCUUCCUCAUCCCGUUCAAGAACGCCAAGGGCGAGGACGGCAUCGUCAUUCCCAUGUGCCUGCCCGGCCCCGCCAUGGACAAGUUCGUGGAGGAGAUGGGCAAGCUGCUGCGCCCGGCUAUCGACGUCGCCGAAAUGUUCCCCGCCAUGAUCAAAUCUGCGCUCUGAAUCAGCUAACGUGCGUGCGCUGUCCCGUCGCCCGUCAGUUUCGCUAUCCGUAAUUGCGUCGCGUGGUUCUUGGUUAGCGAUCGAAGUAGUAGUUAGUCAGUGGUCAAAUUUAAUCCGCAGUUGGUGUGUGGUGCGAGCUGUGCUUUUGUGAUAGAGCGAAGUGAAGGAUACAACGGAUUGUAUGUGUA